GUCUUCCCUCUACCUCAUCCAACUUACAACUUACAACUUACCAAAUAUUCACGAAAACAAAUACCAUACCAUCAUAAAUUACUAUCAGUUCACGUUAUCAAUAUCUCCUCAUACAACUUCCACCCAAUCAACAACCACCCAUUUUCUUACUCUCAUCAUCAACCUCAACUUCGACUUCGACUUCGACUUCGAGUAUCAACCAUACUCUACAACAAGACACCCAUAAACCGACUACUCGGGAUACAAGAAACAGCCCUUCAAACACAAAUCCUACGUCAAUAAAAAUGUUCUCCAACCUCGCCUACCUCCUCAGCUCUAAAUCUAUCACCCUCUACAUUCUCUACACCCUCCACGUCAUGCUCGGCACCUCUCUCGUCUUCACCGCUCUCUACACCUAUGGUGUACAUUCUAGUAAAGCCAUGGCGAGAGCCGCUGCACUCGAAGCAUCCGUCAAUAGCGGAAAUGGAAUCACGGGAUUUCCAGGCAGCAAGGCGUUGAACGGAAGCGCUGUUGAAUUUGAAGAAGACAUGGGGAUUGAGAUGGACGGGAUGGAUAUUGCCAUGGGUGGUUUGAAUCAAAUCAAAGGAAUGAGACAGGUGAAGAGUAUGAUUGGGUUGAGCAGUGCGAGAGCGGGAUGGGAGAAUGCGAGCACGGGGCUUGAAUGUGUGGGUGGGAAGGGGAGGGAGGGGGAAAUUAAGUUUAGAGAGAUUUGUUAUUCUGCUGGGGGAAAGGAGGGCAUGAUGGAUGGGCUUGGUGUGGCGGGGAAGGGAAUGGCUCUUGAGAUUUCUUGAGGCGGGUUAGGUGUUGAGAGGGUGAAAGGAUGGGGGAGGACUUGAGUGAGGACUAUGUUUGUUGUAUUUGUCUUUGGGGAGAGAUGCAUGCGAGCUAGAGGAACGGGUAUGAGGACAAUGAUUGAUGAACGAAUAAUGAUGGGCGCGUUUGGUUUAAUGGGAGGGAAUCGACGAGGAGGAUGAAGGAUCGAGAGAUGAUAAUGACCAUGAGGAAUGGAGGGAUUGCGAUGUUUGCUUGCUUAUGAUUAUGAUUAUGCUUUAGAUAUAUGUUUAUACCCAAUGGAGAAUACAAAGAUUAGGAAAGAAUUUUGAAUUUUGAUACGA